GUGACUGUGGGGAUGCUACAAGGGUCGUAAGCGUGAAAAACGGUCACGAGUCACACUUUUCAGUGAGGUGGUGGUUUUGAACGGUCCCUAAAUGAGCUGUUGUAAGUCGAGGGCUACCUCUACUUGCUCAGCCUGCCUGUCUCUUUCCCCCAGCCCACUUUAAGAUGCUGGACUCCAAUUCCCAGAAUGCCCAGCUAGCGUGAAAUCCAGCAUUUUAAAGCAGGCAAAGAGGAGACAUGGGGGCUGCAGAAUGGCAGCUUCAAGAAUCCCUACGGUUGUGGGGUUGAGAGACUGGUACCCCCUCCCCCACACCAUUCCUAUGAUUGACGUAAGACACAUUGGACUCCCCUGCUUCCUGGGAGCUCACCCCUUUCACCCCUCUCUCUUCCACAUAGCAGCCCUUCUUCGGCCCAGCAGGUGUGGGACCGUCGUGAAAUCUACAUCCGGCCUCCUGAGGCAUCACGGGACGCUCUCGGUUGCAGCAGCGAGCCAGCCACAGGAUGAUAUCGAGGAGAAGCUUCUGCGGGAGCCAUUGAAGCAUGCAGACUUCUUCAAUCUGCAGGAGCUCUUUUCUCUCCAGGAGCUCUUCGACGCUCGAGUCCACCUUGGCCACAAGAAGAGCAGCCGCCACAGAUACAUGGUGCCGUAUCUCUUCGGCUCCCGCCUGGAGCAUGAUAUCAUCAACCUGGAGCAGACGGCGCAGCACCUCCAGCUGGCCCUCAAUUUCACGGCCCACGUUGCCUUCCGCAAAGGCAUCAUCCUCUUUGUCAGCCGCCAUCGCCAGACGUCCCACCGGGUGGAGACCGUGGCCAAGGAGUGCGGGGAGUACGCCCACACCCGCUACUGGCAGGGCGGCUUGCUGACCAACGCCCCCAUCCAGUACAGCGCCGGCGUCCGCCUGCCGGACCUCCUGAUCUUCCUCACCACUUUCAACAACGUCUUUGAGCCUCACCUAGCCAUCCGGGACGCGGCCAAGAUGAGCAUCCCCACCGUGGCUGUGGUGGACACCAAUAGCAACCCCUCCCUCAUCACCUACCCCAUCCCGGGGAAUGACGACAGCCCCUCGGCCAUCCACCUCUACCUCUCGCUCUUCAAGACCACCAUCCUGAGGGCCAAGGAGAAGAGGAGACACCUGGAGGCGUUAUUCCGGCUGCAGAAGAAGUCUGCCAGGCCCACAGGGGCCCCUCCGAUGCCAAUUCCUAGGGUGGAGGAGGAGAAUGGGCAUUCCAACUCCUCAAGCUAGUAUUGGGAACACACUGGGGCUUGUCGUCUCUACAUACUUGCUGGACUGAAUGUGAUAACCCGGGGCAUGGCACAAAGACAACACAGUCACAUAAGUAAGAAUAAUCCCUUUAAUACCUCCAACUUUGUCCCCAAUG